UGCGAAUUACAGAAAUCAAAACAAAAACUAUCAAAACAUGCAGGCUGGAACUAAAUGAACCUCAUUAUUAUGGUACAUCCUCGCCGUAACUCUUAUCGGAAAAUUAAAUACAUAUACAAUGUCUAAUAUCCCCACACAUAGUUUCCGUUCUCCAAAAAGUCGGUCUUGCCUUUUGACUUGGCUUUCAAAAAUAAUAUUUAAAUGAAAACCAAAAAGUUUAAUUUUAAUUAGUCGUUCACAAAUUUGAAGCAAAACAUAUUUUUCUAUAAUUUAAAUACGUUAGAAUUUAAAUUAAUUUCGUAAAUGCUUAGGUAUGGAGGGUAUGCAAUCUUCGGUCAACCCACUGAUAAUGUUUUUCUUGUUUUGAUUGUGUGUGCCACUAGCUGCUCGCAGUUUUUGUUUUCACGAUCAGUUCCGUUUGUGAAAUGAAUAAGGCAUCGUCGUUGGAUGGCACUUGCCAGAACCGAAAUUAAUAAAUGUGAGAUAUAUAUAAUACCGAGCGUGCGUUGACGUGAGUUUCAAUGAAAUAGCGACUACCAUCAGAGCAAUAAUAAUAAUAGCAACAGUGGCAAGUGAAUUUACAUUAUCAGCCACAAUUUCCACUGCUUUGACGUCUUAUUUUCGACAUUGUGUAUUUGUUGUUGGUGUGCGCGCGUUUCGUGAUUAUUCAAACACGUGCAUAUGUAUGCAUAGUUAUUGUGACGUAUCUGCAUACGUACGUUUAUAUAUGUAUGUAUAUACAUGUAUAUAUAUAACGGCAAACGCGUAAAAAACUGGGCGUGUUUGCUUUUGAAACAAAAUCGAAAAAAUAAUAAAGCAACAAGUGCAUAUUAGAGCAAAUGACAGCCGGGCGUAAAGUGUUAAUAAAUUAUGUAUUUAAUGAAUUGAAUUUGGUGUGAAUUAUUCUAUUACAACAACGCAAAAUAGUACAUACAUAGAUAGAUAAUUUCACAACUUCUAUCUGGGCAAAUAGAAUUGUAUACAUAUAACCAUUUAUUUGCAACAUGUUAGAAAACAACAACAGCAACAAUAGUCGAUCAUUAAACAUUUUGUGCGUGUGAUUUUAAUUAAUCAACUCUUCAUUGUGCUAAAAAUAAUUCCGUAAAACCUCAAAUAAAUUUCGCAUGAUCACAAAAUAUAGCAGAUCAGCAAUAAAAUUUACAAAAUAAAAAUAAGAAAAAGCCAACCAACAAAAUGUUGACUGGAUAGUGUGAAAAUUAUACAAAAUAGAAAUCCUAAACAUAGUAUAAAGCGCGCUCAAAAUACCCAAAAUCCAAUCAUAUUUUUAAAACAUUGCCCGGAGCCUAAAAUCCAAACCCAUUGCUCAUCACUAAAAUGAUGCUGAACAAAUACGAGAGCUACCAACGCACAACCAACAGCCACACCAUGUAUCCGCACCAUCAAACCAACCAGCACCACCAAUUCCAGCAGCUCCAGUAUGUCAGCGGCGAUGCAACUGGCAUAUGCAGUUUCCCCAAUGGUAAUACGUUGACCAAUGCUGGCGCCAGCAGCGUUAACUCUGCUGAUUCGGCCGAACGUGAGUCCAUACACUCGGGCCAGUUCAUGGUCUCGCACUUUGAGGCUGAGGAGGCGCAAGAUGAUCUCGAAGAUGAUGGCGAGGUAAAAAUGCUCGAUCCCGAGGAUCCCAGUCUGGACAAGGCGGGCGAGCAACCGAACACGUGUCGCGAUGUUCAACUAUAUGUGCCACAGAAGACAGUCGUCCAUUUCUCCCGCACGGAUCAGGAGUGCGAUGAGAACAGCAUGAGCAUGAUCACCUCCCAUUUAGAGAUCGAAACUUCGCUGACGAAGCUCUUCAAAUGCAUGAAUCUAGCCUACAGCCAAAAGCUGACCUCACCAAAAUGGAAUCAUUUCAAGGGUGUCCGUUUACGUUGGAAGGACAAAAUACGUCUCAACAAUGUCAUCUGGCGUUGCUGGCAUAUGCAAUUCAUACAAAAGCGCAGAACGCCGGUGUGUCAAUUCGCAUCGCCGCUGGACGUUGACAUACAUAGUAAUCCUCAAACCGUAGUACUUGAAGGCAAGUACUGGAAACGUCAUUCGGCUGUCAUUAAGGCUGAAUACAGAAAAUGGCGCAAAAAUUAUAAAUCAAAAGCAACAGGCUGCUUGACCUAUGAUUCGAGCGAGCUAGACUUCUUGGAAUGGUCACCGCUUAACGAUAGAAACCUAAUGCCAGAUGACUGGACCACGGACACUCUAUUCUCGGCUAUAAAUGGUCCGUUUCCAUUUCCUGACUCCAGAGAAAUCGCUCGCGGUGCUGGAAUUGCCGAUUUCAUACAGCCCAGCUUGGGUCCGCUGCAACCGAAUUUAGAUGAUAUCGACAUAUCGUUCUCCGAUCUGCUGCCGAACACACGCUUGCCACCAGUGCCCGAGGAGGGCACCGAUGCUGAAAUGUUGAAAGGCGAUGACUUCGGCCUUUCUUCUAUUACGAGUGCAUCGCAUACGCUCUUUAGUAACGACAGCAUGAUGGACGUAACGUCGGGCAGUGGUCAGGUGGACGCCAAUAUGCUCGAGCUGAAUACACCGAUCAACACAAUGCCAUAUGCCCAGCUGGAGCAACAGUUUGUAGUGGCGCGUCAGCAGGCUCAACAGAACGCGGAGGUGCAACAGCAGAACAAUUUACUGCUCAACGAUGGUACGUUGGCGACACAGACACAGAACCAGACGCGACCCCAUACCGUCAAACACUUUGGUGCUAUUGGUGGCAAUGACAGCAGCAAUCGCUGUUCGUCCAGCGACAAUUUCCCCAGCAAGAGCGUAAUCAAUGGACGGGUGGCCAAGAGCACGCAGCGUCCAUUUAGACGUGAACCACACAACUAUGACAAGGCUCAGCCAACGCUCCAUCAGACAACCAUCUAUCAGCAGAUGCUGGCCGAGCAGCAAAAGAAUCAGCAGCACCAUUUAAAUGCCGGAGUAGUGUUGCAGUCGAGUUCUUAUCAGGCACAGCAGCCGCAGCAGCAACAACAGUCGAUGUUUAAUGCACAAAACUUUUUAGCUGGCUAUGUUGAUAGCUAUCCGCAGCAACAGCUGCAGGUACAGCAACAGCAGCAGCAGCAGCAACAACAGCUCAGCGUUAAAGUCGAGCCAAAUACUGCGGAUGUUAUGGCGCUGCUUAACGAACCCUACAACUCCAACUCCCACAGCUACAAGCCCUAUCCGCUGUUCAAGAAGUCUGCAUCAACUGGCACUUUUCUCAAUGUUCCACGUCUACCGCAACAGCAGCAACAAUUGGGCGGAAGCCCCAAUUACUUGCACGAACAGCAGCAACAACAACAGCAACAGCAGCAGCAGCAACAAUUGCAAAUGCAGCAAACGCUGUCGCUGGGUCUUAGUAACCAGCAACUGUUGCAGCUGGCGCGCCAACAGCAAGCAAACAAUCCACAACAACAACAGCAACAACAACAAUUGCAGCUGCAACAGCAACAAACUGUAGCCAGUUUACUUAUGUCACCUCCGCAGCAAACACAAGUACAGUCCGCGAUUAAUGUAAGCACUCCCUGGCCUACACCCAACACCAAUAUCUUGCCCAAAGAAAUGCAUCGCUCCAACAGUCUACCACUCAAUGUGUCGCUAAACAAAUUGCCGGACGCUCGGCAGCUGCUGCCUGAGCAUUUCGCCGUGCCCAAGUUGCAUGUGAAGGGUAAAUCGCGCAUCCGCAGCAAUUCUAUGCAUCAGCAUACCGGGGCCGGAUCAAGCGGUAGCAGCAGUAUUAGCAAUCUGCUGGUGACGCAGCAAAUGCAACAAACCACCAGCGAUCCCAUGCUAAACAGCACGCUCGCCCAACUCUUAACGUCCAACAAGCGUCAGGCGGCGUCAUUAGGCGCCAAGUCGUCGCAGCACAUCCAGCAGCAGCAGCAACAGCAGCAACAAUUACAGCUCAGUUCUUCAACAAGUGCCAUCGCCAGCAACAGCAGCAACAACGCUGGGUUGUAUGCUGUCGCCGUCCCCUCACCACCCAAACCGCAAACGUAUGCGCCUGCGCAGCAACACUCACCAAAGAAGUCCGCCUCAUUGCCAAUAGCUUCAGCAAAGCCCGCGCUCCAUAGUCCGCCCGGUGGCGCCAAAAUGCUCAGUUUCCCGCUAACGGCUCAGCAACAAAACACAAACACAACUACAACAAGUAGUCUGAGUCUGUCGCCCGAUUCGCCUUUCCACGACUCGCAGGACUCGCCGCUAUCACCCACGGCCUGUCUCAAGUAUCAGCCGCGUGACACGCAACGCCGUGCCGGCCAUAUACACGCCGAGCAGAAGCGUCGCUACAACAUCAAGAAUGGCUUUGAUACGCUACACUCACUCAUACCACAGCUCCAACAGAAUCCGAAUGCCAAGCUCAGCAAGGCGGCCAUGCUCCAAAAGGGCGCCGAUCACAUCAAACACCUGCGACAGGAGCGUAAUGGGCUGAAGGACAAAAUCGAGUCGCUGCGCAUGGAACGCGAUGCGUUAAACAACUCGCUGAUGCAUCUGCACUCCAUACUUCCCGCAAAUGGUGCGCCUGUUACGCGGCAGGGCACCGAGCAUGUCCGGCAAUUAUACGAGAACUAUGUGCGCUACCACACCAUGACCAAUUGGAAGUUCUGGAUUCUCGGUCUUAUUUUGGAACCGCUGCUAGCAUCGUACACCUCAACGGUGUCCAGCGCAAGUCUGGAUGAAUUGCGCCGUACCGCCUUUCUCUGGGUCGAUCAGCACUGCUCGCUCGUCGAUCUGCGACCCGCUGUCACGAACAAAUUAAAAUAUCUGUCCAUGCACACGGAUAUUGUGUCUGAUCCACCCAGCUCGCUGCAAGAAGAGGUAGUCAAGGCUUUACAGAAUAGUAGUGGCCAGCAUCCGAACUUACAUGGGUCCUAGCCGCUGCCUUCCCUGUUCCUGAUAUGAAUUUAUUGAUU